CUCUUUUACAGCCAUGUCCCGCGUUUGCAUAAUCGGAGCUGGAGCCGCUGGACUCUGUGCCGCGCGUCAUCUCCUUGUGGAACCCUCAGUGGGUCAGGUGGAUAUCCUGGAGCAAGCUGGGCAGCUAGGUGGCACCUGGGUGUAUACAGAGAAAGUUGGCUACGAUGACUUUGGGCUGCCUAUUCACACCAGCAUGUACAAAAGUUUAAGAACAAACCUUCCCAAAGAAAUCAUGGGUUUCCCAGACUUCCCAGUGCCUGAGAGCGACAGGUCGUAUCUCCCCGCCAAGGAAAUGUUGGCGUUUCUGCAGCUGUAUUCUGAUAAACACGGAGUCACUGAACACAUUAAGUUUAAGCACCACGUGCAGCUGGUAAAGCCAAAACAGGGUCGUUCAGGCGAGCUCUGGGACGUGACCUUCAAAGACAUCUCGACUGGCGUUUCGGAGACCAGGGAAUAUGACUAUGUUUUCGUUUGCAACGGCCAUUACAAUACGCCCUUUAUUCCUCAGAUACCAGGACUAAAGGAAUUCCAAGGUGACGUGAUGCACAGUCACGACUACCGUGUACCAGAAAUAUUCUCGGGCAAGAAAGUUCUUGUCGUGGGAGCUGGUCCAUCUGGCAUGGACAUCGCUCUGGAGAUCACCAGUGUUUCCCCCAAAGUCAUACUCAGCCACCACCUGAAGGAGCAACUUAGAACUGUUUUCCCUGACAACUUGGUUCAGAAACCUGAUGUGAUUAGAGUUGAAGGGACUAAAGCGUUCUUCCAGGAUGGAACUGAAGACGAUGUUGAUGUUAUGUUCCUUUGCACUGGCUACAUGUACAACUUCCCGUUUCUCCACGAAUCAUGCGAGAUUGUUGUCGAGGAUAACUGCGUGGAGCCUCUCUAUAAGCACUUGGUCAAUAUUAACCAUCCCACCAUGUGCUUCAUCGGAGUACCCUACUACGUCUGCGCCUUUGCAAUGUUUGACCUUCAGGUCCGUUAUUACGUGCGCGCGAUCAACGGGACUUUUAAGAUGCCAACCCCCGAGGAGAUGACCGCACAAUGGGAAGAGGAGAAGCAAGAACGGGCCGCACGAGGUUACACUAAACGGCAGGCGCAUAUGAUGGGUCCUGAUCAGGCAGAUUACUACGUCACCUUGGCUCUGGAAGGAAAUGUCACCCCUCUUCCUCCUGUCUUCGCCAAGGUCCACAACGACAGCAGUCAGAAGUUCCUUGACAAUCUAACUAACUACCGCCACGAAAUUUAUCGCAUUAUCGAUGAGGACAACUUCACUUGUUAUACUAGUUACUAAGAUUCUAUAUUUCUGUAGUAAGUUCAAUUUUUGGAAUUUAGAUGUUUUUUGUAAAAAUGUUGUACAUACAAUGUUUGUACAUUGUUUUCGAAUGCUAAAAACACAGAACAAUAAAUAGAGUAGAAGUGGUUAGUUAGCGGCUGACGCGUGCCAACUAUAGGUCUCGAAAGAUCUAUCUGAGCCUAGUCCGCCAUUUUCGCUUUGUGUGUUAUGGUCGUGUCAUUUUUUCGUGCAAAUUGUCUAAAAUCCUAGAAUAAUGCUAUAUUGUGCAGUUUUGGAGUGCAAAAAUUAUAGCCGCACCAAUAAUAUUAUCCGUGGUGGAAAGUCUUAUUGUAAUUCAAUUAUUUCUUAUUUUAAUUUUCUCUUUAUCGAAAUAUUUUUUUGUUACAAGAAAUGAAAGUAAAACAUGAACGCUUCUUGUUUGAAGAACUAAAUAAAUAACUCCAAUUCGUCGUCAUUCAACAAUGAACCGCUAGAUGGCAGCACAUUGAUGAAAAUUUCGGUAUAAUAUCAAAACCUCGUAACUUGUAAUAAUAGGUACCUAAUGACGGUUUUGAACUUUCAACGAUAUGUCAAAACGGUAAAGUUUAAAUUAUAUUAACAACCCAGAAUGAUUUUUAAAUUUGAAACUACGGCAAAUCAAUAUCAAGAUUUUGAAGUGUUUUAAAUUAAGCAAUCGAGACUCAAGGCACUUCCAUUGUUUUUUCUUCCGUGGCUAAAAAUUACGCAAUGGUAAAAGACAUUAAAUACUAUCGUCGCUUUUUUUUUUAAUGAAAUGAAAUUUUAUUUGAUUAAUACAUGGUGAACGAAAAAUGGAACAUAGUUUAAUAGAACACAUAUUU